CAAAGCUUAAGCUUGUUGUUUGUAAUGUAAGAAAUAAUUUAGCUUUUGGGGGAGUAAGAGAAAGUCUUCCCAUCAUGGGUCAGCGCCUGAGCGAGGAAAGUGACCCCGACAAGGAAAUCGAUGUGGCAGAGCUGCAGGAAUGGUACAAGAAAUUUGUUGUGGAAUGUCCGAGUGGAACGCUAUUCAUGCACGAGUUUAAGGGUUUUUUUGGGGUCACUGAUAACAAGGAGGCUGCAGAUUACAUCGAGAACAUGUUUCGAGCCUUCGACAAGAACGGAGACAACACCAUAGAUUUUCUUGAGUAUGUAGCAGCUUUGAACUUAGUUCUCAGAGGGAAGCUGGAACACAAGCUUAAAUGGACAUUCAAAAUGUACGAUAAAGAUGGGAGUGGAUGCAUUGACAAAACAGAACUUCUUGAAAUUGUUGAGUCUAUUUAUCGGCUAAAGAAAGCCUGCCAUGGAGAGCUGGAUGAAGAAUGUAAUCUGCUUACACCAGACCAGGUUGUUGACCGUAUAUUUGAGCUGGUCGAUGAAAAUGGAGAUGGUGAGCUCUCUCUGGAUGAGUUUAUUGAUGGAGCACGCAGGGAUAAAUGGGUGAUGAAGAUGCUGCAGAUGGAUGUGAACCCUGGCGACUGGAUCAAUGAGCGAAGACGCAGUGCUAACUUCUAAGGCUGGAAAUCCUAAUGAACUCAUACAUAACCAUAAAGAUUUUGUAUAUAAAUGUUUAUAAAAGACAUAAAUAAAUUAUGUCCAGAAGUUAGACAUAUAUGUUCUUGUUGCUUAUAAAGCAUUUAGUUACAGAUUCAA